AUGAGGCUGAAGUCACCGGCAGUACACCCAGUCCAGGCUCCACUCAGCUCCGCACUGAUGGCUUACCCCGGAGGAGGAGGAUAUUACCCGGCCGGUGGGGUUUGCACCACCUCCUGGUGGAUACCCACAACAAGAUCCUAUGUAUGGCUACUUUGUACAAGUUGCAGGCCAGGAUGGACAGAUAGAUGCUGAAGAGCUGCAGAGAUGUCUCACACAAUAUGGCAUGUCUGGAACAUACAAACCCUUUAACCUGGAAACCUGUAGACUGAUGAUUUCCAUGUUGGAUAGGGACAUGUCUGGCAAGCUGGGCUUCAAUGAGUUUAAAGAACUGGGGAUGGUAUUGAAUGGCUGGAGGCAGAACUUUAUGGCAGUGGACAUGAACAGGAGCGGAUCAGUGGAUGGAAUGGAGCUCCACAGAUCUCUGACAACUAUGGGCUUCAGAUUGAGCCCACAAGCUAUGAACAUUAUCACUAGGAGGUACAGCAAUCACGGCAGAAUUACAUUUGAUGACUACAUUACUUGUUGUGUGAAACUCCGAGCCCUGACAGAAACUUUUAAAAGGAGAGAUGUGUCCCAGCAAGGAAUGGUGAAUUUCAUGUAUGAUGAUGUAAGUACUAUGUGUGGGGGGGGAAAAAAAAAAAAAACCUGGACCCCCCCCCCCCUGUGUGAGAUCUGUGAAGACAUGAUAAAAGAAAUAUCUGACAGUAAUAUGCCUUUUGAAAAUUUCCAGACCUGCAGGAUGUAG